CGGGGCCUAGUUCUCUCUGGGCGGACGCCGUCGCUUUAAGCAGGGGCGGGACUGCGCACCCAGCAGGAGCCGCGGCGGCGGUGGAGGAGCGGCUUAGGCCUGCCGGGGGUCUGGGGCCCAGCUGCGGGAGGCCGGCUGGUUCCGGCUGGGUGAACUCAUGGAUCUGGUAUUUCUGUUUUGAGAAAGAAACCAACUCAGAAGAAAAAUGGCAUUCGUCGCCACCCAAGGGGCCACAGUGGUUGACCAAACCACGCUGAUGAAAAAAUACCUUCAGUUUGUGGCAGCGCUCACGGAUGUAAACACACCUGAUGAAACAAAAUUGAAAAUGAUGCAAGAAGUCAGUGAAAAUUUUGAGAAUGUCACAUCGUCUCCUCAGUACUCUACAUUCCUGGAACAUAUCAUCCCUCGGUUUCUUACAUUUCUCCAAGACGGAGAAGUCCAGUUUCUUCAGGAGAAGCCUGCCCAGCAACUGCGGAAGCUAGUACUUGAAAUAAUUCAUCGGAUACCAACCAAUGAGCAUCUUCGCCCGCAUACAAAAAAUGUUCUGUCUGUGAUGUUUCGCUUUUUAGAGACGGAAAAUGAAGAAAAUGUUCUUAUUUGUCUAAGAAUAAUUAUUGAGCUACACAAACAGUUCAGACCACCAAUCACACAAGAAAUUCAUCACUUUUUGGAUUUCGUGAAACAGAUUUACAAGGAGCUUCCAAAAGUAGUGAACCGCUACUUUGAGAACCCUCAGGUGAUCCCUGAGAACACGGUGCCUCCCCCUGAGAUGGUCGGCAUGAUAACGACAGUUGCCGUGAAAGUCAACCCUGAGCGCGAGGACAGUGAGACCCGAACGCACUCCAUCAUUCCACGGGGAUCACUUUCUCUCAAAGUGUUGGCAGAACUGCCCAUUAUUGUUGUGUUAAUGUACCAGCUCUACAAACUGAACAUCCACAACGUGGUUGCCGAGUUUGUACCCCUGAUCAUGAAUACCAUCGCGAUUCAAGUGUCAGCACAAGCCAGGCAACACAAGCUUUACAACAAGGAGCUGUAUGCAGACUUCAUUGCUGCUCAGAUCAAAACACUGUCCUUUUUAGCUUACAUCAUCAGAAUUUACCAGGAGCUGGUGACCAAGUAUUCUCAACAGAUGGUGAAAGGUAUGCUGCAGCUGCUCUCCAACUGCCCGGCGGAGACUGCACACCUCAGGAAGGAGCUCCUGAUUGCUGCCAAGCACAUCCUUACCACUGAGCUGAGGAACCAGUUCAUUCCCUGUAUGGACAAGCUGUUUGAUGAAUCCAUACUGAUUGGCUCAGGAUAUACUGCACGAGAGACUCUCAGGCCUCUCGCCUACAGCACACUGGCUGAUCUGGUGCACCAUGUUCGGCAGCAUCUGCCCCUCAGUGACCUCUCCCUUGCCGUCCAGCUCUUUGCCAAAAACAUCGACGAUGAGUCUCUGCCCAGUAGCAUCCAAACCAUGUCCUGCAAGCUCCUGCUGAAUCUGGUGGACUGCAUCCGCUCCAAGAGUGAGCAAGAGAGUGGCAAUGGGAGAGACGUCUUGAUGAGGAUGCUAGAGGUUUUUGUUCUCAAGUUUCACACCAUUGCUCGGUACCAACUCUCAGCCAUUUUUAAGAAGUGCAAGCCUCAGUCUGAACUCGGAGCUGUGGAAGCUACUCUGCCCGGGGUGCCCACUGCUCCUGCUGCCCCUGGCCCUGCACCCUCCCCAGCCCCUAUACCUGCCCCUGCUCCCCCUCCACCUCCACCCCCAACACCAGCCACUCCAGUGACACCAGCCCCUGUGCCUCCAUUUGAGAAACAAGGAGAAAAGGACAAGGAGGACAAGCAGACGUUCCAAGUCACAGACUGCCGAAGUCUGGUGAAGACCCUGGUCUGUGGAGUCAAGACCAUCACGUGGGGCAUCACAUCCUGUAAAGCACCUGGUGAAGCUCAGUUCAUUCCCAACAAGCAGUUACAACCCAAAGAGACUCAAAUUUACAUCAAACUCGUGAAGUAUGCGAUGCAGGCCUUAGAUAUUUAUCAGGUCCAGAUGGCGGGAAAUGGACAGACCUACAUUCGAGUAGCCAACUGCCAGACUGUGAGGAUGAAGGAAGAGAAGGAGGUGUUGGAACAUUUUGCUGGUGUCUUCACCAUGAUGAACCCCUUAACAUUUAAGGAGAUUUUCCAGACUACAGUCCCUUACAUGGUAGAGAGAAUCUCAAAAAAUUAUGCUCUUCAGAUUGUUGCCAACUCCUUCUUGGCAAAUCCCACUACCUCGGCUCUGUUUGCCACGAUCCUGGUGGAGUAUCUCCUGGAUCGGCUGCCAGAGAUGGGCUCCAACGUGGAGCUCUCCAACCUAUACCUCAAGCUCUUCAAGCUGGUCUUUGGCUCAGUGUCCCUGUUCGCAGCUGAAAAUGAGCAGAUGCUGAAGCCUCACCUGCACAAGAUUGUGAACAGCUCCAUGGAGCUUGCCCAGACUGCCAAGGAGCCCUACAACUACUUCCUGCUCCUGCGUGCACUGUUCCGCUCCAUUGGUGGAGGCAGCCACGAUCUCCUGUAUCAGGAGUUUUUGCCUCUCCUCCCAAACCUCUUGCAAGGACUCAACAUGCUGCAGAGUGGCCUGCAUAAGCAGCACAUGAAGGAUCUCUUUGUGGAGCUGUGUCUCACUGUGCCUGUGCGGCUGAGCUCCCUCCUGCCCUAUCUUCCCAUGCUCAUGGAUCCAUUGGUGUCUGCACUCAACGGGUCUCAGACAUUGGUCAGCCAAGGCCUGAGGACCUUGGAGCUGUGUGUGGACAACCUGCAACCGGAUUUUCUGUAUGACCACAUUCAGCCAGUACGUGCUGAGCUCAUGCAGGCCUUGUGGCGUACACUGCGCAACCCUGCAGAUAGCAUCUCCCAUGUGGCCUACCGUGUACUUGGGAAGUUUGGUGGGAGCAACAGGAAGAUGCUGAAGGAAUCCCAGAAGCUACACUAUGUGGUGACUGAAGUUCAAGGCCCCAGUAUUACUGUGGAGUUCUCAGAUUGCAAAGCCUCCCUCCAGCUCCCGAUGGAGAAGGCCAUUGAAACUGCCCUGGAUUGCCUGAAAAGUGCCAACACGGAGCCCUACUAUCGGAGACAGGCGUGGGAGGUGAUCAAGUGCUUCCUGGUGGCCAUGAUGAGUCUGGAGGACAACAAGCAUGCGCUCUACCAGCUGCUUGCACACCCUAACUUUACUGAAAAGACCAUCCCCAAUGUCAUCAUCUCGCAUCGCUACAAAGCUCAAGACACUCCAGCCCGGAAGACAUUUGAACAGGCUCUCACUGGGGCCUUCAUGUCCGCAGUCAUCAAAGACCUGCGACCUAGCGCCCUGCCUUUCGUAGCCAGCUUGAUUCGUCACUACACCAUGGUGGCUGUGGCCCAGCAGUGUGGUCCUUUCUUGCUGCCUUGCUACCAGGUGGGCAGCCAGCCCAGCACAGCCAUGUUUCACAGUGAAGAAAAUGGCUCCAAAGGAAUGGAUCCCUUGGUUCUCAUUGAUGCCAUAGCCAUCUGUAUGGCCUAUGAAGAGAAGGAGCUCUGCAAAAUCGGGGAGGUGGCCCUCGCUGUGAUAUUCGAUGUCGCAAGCAUCAUCCUGGGCUCCAAGGAGAGGGCCUGCCAGCUGCCCCUCUUCUCUUACAUCGUGGAGCGCUUGUGUGCCUGCUGCUACGAGCAGGCCUGGUAUGCAAAGCUUGGCGGUGUGGUGUCCAUCAAAUUUCUCAUGGAGCGCCUGCCCCUCACCUGGGUUCUGCAGAACCAGCAGACAUUCCUCAAAGCACUCCUCUUUGUCAUGAUGGACCUGACCGGAGAGGUUUCCAAUGGUGCAGUCGCCAUGGCAAAGACGACCCUGGAGCAGCUUCUGAUGAGGUGUGCGACGCCGUUAAAAGAUGAAGAGAGAGCGGAGGAGAUUGUGGCGGCUCAGGAGAAAUCUUUCCACCAUGUGACCCAUGAUUUGGUUCGUGAAGUCACCUCUCCAAACUCGACCGUGAGAAAGCAGGCUAUGCACUCGCUGCAGGUCCUGGCCCAGGUCACUGGGAAAAGUGUGACAGUGAUAAUGGAACCGCACAAAGAGGUCCUUCAGGACAUGGUCCCACCGAAGAAGCAUCUGCUGCGGCACCAGCCUGCCAAUGCGCAGAUUGGCCUGAUGGAGGGCAACACCUUCUGUACUACACUGCAGCCGCGGCUCUUCACCAUGGACCUGAACGUGGUGGAACAUAAGGUGUUCUACACAGAGCUGCUGAAUUUGUGUGAGGCCGAGGAUUCAGCUCUGACCAAGCUACCCUGUUACAAAAGCCUUCCAUCGCUUGUGCCUUUACGGAUUGCAGCAUUGAAUGCUCUUGCUGCCUGCAAUUACCUUCCUCAGUCCAGGGAGAAAAUAAUUGCUGCACUCUUUAAGGCCCUCAAUUCUACAAACAGCGAGCUGCAGGAGGCGGGAGAGGCCUGCAUGAGGAAGUUCUUAGAGGGGGCCACUAUAGAAGUGGAUCAGAUUCAUACACACAUGCGCCCUUUGCUGAUGAUGCUGGGAGAUUACCGGAGCUUGACGCUGAAUGUCGUGAAUCGGCUAACCUCAGUCACAAGGCUUUUCCCAAAUUCCUUCAACGAUAAGUUUUGUGAUCAGAUGAUGCAGCAUCUGCGCAAGUGGAUGGAAGUGGUGGUCAUUACCCACAAAGGAGGCCAGAGGAGCGACGGAAACGAGAGCCUGUCGGAGUGCGGGAGGUGCUCCCUGUCUCCGUUCUGUCAGUUUGAGGAAAUGAAGAUUUGUUCGGCAAUUAUAAACCUUUUCCACUUGAUCCCAGCUGCACCUCAGACUCUCGUCAAACCUUUGUUGGAGGUUGUCAUGAAAACAGAGCGGGCCAUGCUGAUUGAGGCGGGCAGUCCAUUCAGAGAGCCUCUAAUCAAGUUCCUGACCCGGCAUCCCUCCCAGACAGUAGAGCUGUUCAUGAUGGAAGCAACUUUGAAUGAUCCCCAGUGGAGCCGAAUGUUCAUGAGUUUUUUAAAACACAAGGACGCCAGGCCCCUGCGGGACGUGUUGGCAGCCAACCCCAACAGGUUCAUCACCCUGCUGCUGCCAGGUGGAGCACAGACGGCUGUGCGCCCCGGCUCGCCCAGCACCAGCACCAUGCGCCUGGACCUCCAGUUCCAGGCCAUCAAGAUCAUAAGCAUCAUUGUUAAAAAUGAUGAUGCCUGGCUAGCCAAUCAACACUCUCUGGUGAAUCAGCUGAAGAGAGUGUGGGUGAGUGAGACCUUCCAAGAAAGGCACCGUAAGGAGAACAUGGCUGCCACCAACUGGAAGGAACCCAAGCUGUUGGCCUUCUGUCUGCUGAACUACUGCAAAAGGAACUAUGGAGACAUAGAGUUGCUGUUCCAGCUGCUCCGAGCCUUCACUGGCCGUUUCCUCUGUAAUAUGACCUUCUUGAAAGAGUAUAUGGAAGAAGAGAUCCCCAAAAACUACAGCAUCGCUCAGAAACGUACCUUGUUUUUUCGCUUUGUGGAUUUUAACGAGCCCAACUUUGGCGAUGAGCUGAAAGCAAAGGUUCUGCAGCACAUCUUGAAUCCUGCUUUCUUGUACAGCUUUGAGAAGGGGGAAGGAGAACAGCUCUUAGGACCUCCCAACCCAGAAGGAGACAACCCAGAAAGCAUCACCAGCGUGUUCAUAUCCAAGGUCCUGGACCCAGAGAAGCAAGCCGACAUGCUGGACUCCCUGCGGAUCUACCUCCUACAGUAUGCCACACUGCUGGUGGAACAUGCCCCCCACCACAUCCAUGACAACAACAAGAACCGGAACAGCAAGCUGCGCCGCCUGAUGACCUUUGCGUGGCCUUGCCUGCUCUCUAAGGCCUGUGUGGAUCCUGCAUGCAAAUACAGUGGACACCUGCUGCUGGCGCACAUCAUUGCCAAGUUCGCCAUCCAUAAGAAAAUUGUCCUCCAGGUUUUCCAUAGUCUUCUCAAGGCUCACGCGAUGGAAGCCCGAGCGAUUGUGAGACAAGCGAUGGCCAUCUUGACCCCAGCAGUUCCAGCCCGCAUGGAGGAUGGACAUCAGAUGCUGACCCACUGGACCAGGAAGAUCAUUGUGGAGGAGGGGCACACAGUUCCACAGCUGGUGCAUAUUCUGCACCUCAUAGUGCAGCACUUUAAGGUGUACUACCCAGUGCGGCACCACUUGGUGCAGCACAUGGUCAGUGCCAUGCAGAGACUGGGCUUCACGCCUAGUGUCACCAUUGAGCAGAGGAGGCUGGCUGUGGACCUUUCUGAAGUUGUCAUCAAGUGGGAACUUCAGAGGAUCAAAGACCAGCAGCCGGAUUCAGACAUGGAUGCAAAUUCCGUCGGAGACGGCGUCAAUUCUGUCUCAUCCUCCAUUAAAAGAGGCCUGUCCGUGGACUCUGCCCAGGAAGUGAAACGCUUCAGGGCCGCCACCGGAGCCAUAAGCGCAGUGUUUGGGAGGAGCCAGUCGCUGCCUGGAGCUGAUUCUCUUCUUGCUAAGCCGAUUGACAAGCAGCACACGGACACCGUGGUAAACUUCCUCAUCCGAGUGGCUUGUCAGGUCAACGACAACACCAACACUGCGGGUUCCCCUGGGGAGGUUCUCUCUCGCCGCUGUGUGAAUCUUCUCAAGACUGCAUUACGGCCGGAUAUGUGGUCCAAGUCGGAGCUCAAACUGCAGUGGUUUGACAAACUGCUGAUGACGGUGGAACAGCCGAACCAAGUGAACUAUGGGAAUAUCUGCACAGGACUGGAAGUACUGAACUUCCUGCUGACUGUGCUCCAGUCUCCAGCCAUCCUCAGCAGCUUCAAGCCUCUGCAGCGGGGCAUCGCAGCCUGCAUGUCAUGUGGGAACACCAAAGUGCUGCGGGCUGUGCAUAGCCUCUUGUCUCGUCUCAUGAGCAUCUUCCCCACAGAGCCAAGUACUUCCAGCGUGGCCUCCAAGUAUGAGGAACUGGAGUGCCUCUAUGCAGCCGUGGGGAAAGUCAUCUAUGAAGGACUCACCAACUACGAGAAGGCCACCAAUGCCAACCCCUCCCAGCUUUUUGGGACACUCAUGAUCCUCAAGUCGGCCUGCAGCAACAACCCAAGCUACAUUGAUAGGCUGAUCUCGGUCUUCAUGCGCUCCCUGCAGAAGAUGGUUCGAGAACAUUUAAAUCCACAGGCAGCGUCGGGGAGUACAGAAGCAACCGCAGCUGGAACAAGUGAGCUGGUGAUGCUGAGCCUGGAGUUGGUGAAGACACGACUGGCCGUUAUGAGUAUGGAGAUGCGCAAGAACUUCAUCCAGGCCAUCCUGACCUCCCUCAUCGAGAAGUCCCCAGAUGCCAAGAUUUUGCGGGCUGUGGUGAAGAUUGUGGAGGAAUGGGUGAAGAAUAACUCCCCAAUGGCAGCCAAUCAGACACCCACCCUCCGGGAGAAGUCAGUCUUGCUUGUGAAAAUGAUGAGCUACGUGGAGAAACGCUUCCCAGAAGACCUAGAACUCAACGCCCAGUUUCUAGACCUUGUCAACUAUGUCUACAGGGAUGAGGCACUUUCUGGCAGCGAGCUGACGGCGAAGCUUGAGCCCGCUUUUCUCUCGGGGCUACGUUGUGCCCAGCCACUCAUCAGGGCCAAGUUUUUCGAGGUUUUUGACAACUCUAUGAAACGCCGUGUCUAUGAACGCCUGCUGUAUGUCACCUGUUCUCAGAAUUGGGAAGCCAUGGGGAACCAUUUCUGGAUCAAGCAGUGCAUUGAGCUGCUCCUGGCUGUGUGUGAGAAGGGCACAGCCAUUGGUACCAGCUGCCAGGGGGCCAUGCUCCCAUCCAUCACCAACGUCAUCAACCUGGCCGAUAGCCAUGACCGAGCUGCCUUUGCCAUGGUCACACAUGUCAAGCAGGAGCCUCGGGAACGAGAGAACAGUGAAUCCAAAGAAGAGGAUGUAGAGAUAGAUAUUGAGCUGGCUCCUGGAGAUCAGACAAGCACUCCCAGGACCAAAGAACUGUCUGAGAAGGACAUCGGGAACCAACUGCAUAUGCUCACCAACAGACAUGACAAGUUCCUUGACACCCUCCGGGAGGUGAAGACUGGGGCACUGCUCAGUGCCUUUGUUCAGCUGUGCCAUAUUUCCACCACACUGGCAGAGAAGACCUGGGUCCAGCUUUUUCCAAGACUGUGGAAAAUCCUCUCUGACAGACAACAGCAUGCUCUGGCAGGUGAGAUCAGCCCGUUUCUGUGUAGUGGCAGUCAUCAGGUACAGCGAGACUGCCAGCCCAGCGCGUUGAACUGCUUCGUGGAAGCCAUGUCCCAGUGUGUCCCCCCAAUCCCCAUCAGACCCUGUGUGCUGAAGUACCUGGGGAAGACCCACAACCUCUGGUUCCGCUCCACCUUGAUGCUGGAGCACCAGGCCUUUGAGAAGGGGCUGAGUCUACAGAUCAAGCCGAAGCAGACAACCGAGUUCUAUGAGCAGGAGAGCAUCACACCCCCACAGCAGGAGAUCCUGGAUUCCCUCGCUGAACUGUACUCCCUGUUACAAGAAGAAGACAUGUGGGCCGGGCUUUGGCAGAAAAGAUGCAAGUACUCAGAGACGGCAACUGCGAUUGCUUACGAGCAGCACGGCUUCUUUGAGCAGGCCCAGGAAUCCUACGAAAAGGCAAUGGACAAAGCCAAAAAGGAGCAUGAGCGCAGUAAUGCCUCCCCCGCCAUCUUCCCCGAGUACCAGCUGUGGGAGGACCAUUGGAUCCGGUGCUCCAAGGAGCUAAACCAGUGGGAAGCCUUGACUGAGUUUGGCCAGUCCAAAGGGCACAUAAACCCUUACCUCGUCCUGGAGUGUGCGUGGCGAGUGUCUAACUGGACUGCUAUGAAGGAGGCGCUGGUACAGGUGGAAGUCAGCUGUCCAAAGGAGAUGGCCUGGAAGGUCAACAUGUACCGUGGCUACUUGGCCAUCUGCCACCCCGAGGAGCAGCAGCUCAGCUUCAUUGAGCGCCUGGUGGAGAUGGCCAGUAGCCUAGCCAUCCGAGAGUGGCGGCGGCUGCCCCAUGUCGUGUCGCACGUGCACACGCCCCUUCUGCAGGCUGCCCAGCAGAUCAUCGAGCUUCAAGAAGCUGCACAGAUAAAUGCGGGCUUACAGCCGACCAACCUGGGCAGGAACAACAGCUUGCACGACAUGAAGACAGUGGUGAAGACCUGGAGGAACCGGCUGCCCAUCGUGUCGGACGACUUGUCGCACUGGAGCAGCAUCUUCAUGUGGCGGCAGCACCAUUACCAGGGUAAACCGACCUGGUCCGGCAUGCAUUCAUCAUCUAUUGUAACUGCAUACGAAAAUAGCUCACAGCAUGAUCCAAGUUCCAAUAACGCUAUGCUUGGGGUUCAUGCCUCAGCUUCGGCCAUCAUCCAGUACGGAAAAAUCGCCCGGAAACAAGGCCUAGUCAAUGUAGCGCUGGACAUACUGAGCCGUAUUCACACCAUCCCCACUGUGCCCAUCGUGGAUUGCUUCCAGAAGAUUCGACAGCAAGUUAAAUGCUACCUCCAGCUGGCAGGAGUAAUGGGCAAGAACGAGUGCAUGCAGGGCCUUGAAGUCAUUGAGUCUACAAACUUAAAGUACUUCACAAAAGAGAUGACUGCUGAAUUUUAUGCCCUGAAGGGAAUGUUCCUGGCUCAGAUCAACAAGUCCGAGGAGGCCAACAAAGCGUUUUCUGCGGCCGUGCAGAUGCAUGAUGUGCUGGUGAAAGCCUGGGCCAUGUGGGGUGACUACCUGGAGAACAUCUUCGUGAAGGAGCGGCAGCUGCACCUGGGCGUGUCUGCCAUCACCUGCUACCUACAUGCGUGCCGCCAUCAGAACGAGAGCAAGUCCAGGAAGUACUUGGCCAAGGUGCUGUGGCUCUUGAGUUUUGACGAUGACAAAAACACACUGGCAGACGCUGUGGACAAGUACUGCAUUGGCGUGCCGCCCAUCCAGUGGCUGGCCUGGAUCCCACAGCUGCUCACCUGCCUUGUGGGCUCUGAGGGCAAGCUGCUCCUCAACCUCAUCAGCCAGGUUGGGCGUGUGUAUCCCCAAGCGGUCUACUUCCCCAUCCGGACAUUGUACCUGACAUUGAAGAUUGAACAGCGAGAACGCUAUAAGAGCGAUUCUGGACAGCAGCAGCCCAGUUCAGUGGGUAACCAGUCCCAUUCUGCAUCAGAUCCAGGGCCCAUAAGAGCAACAGCGCCCAUGUGGCGCUGCAGCCGAAUCAUGCACAUGCAACGGGAGCUUCACCCCACCCUCCUGUCUUCCCUGGAAGGCAUCGUUGAUCAGAUGGUCUGGUUCCGAGAGAACUGGCAUGAGGAGGUGCUCAGGCAACUCCAACAGGGGCUGGCCAAAUGCUAUUCUGUUGCCUUUGAGAAGAGCGGAGCUGUGUCUGAUGCCAAGAUCACCCCCCACACUCUUAAUUUUGUCAAGAAGUUGGUGAGCACAUUUGGAGUGGGCCUGGAGAACGUGUCCAAUGUCUCCACUAUGUUCUCCAGUGCAGCCUCUGAGUCUCUGGCACGCCGGGCACAAGCCACAGCCCAGGACCCUGUCUUCCAAAAGCUAAAAGGCCAAUUUACCACAGAUUUUGACUUCAGUGUCCCCGGAUCCAUGAAGCUUCAUAAUCUAAUCUCUAAAUUGAAAAAAUGGAUCAAAAUCCUUGAGGCUAAAACCAAGCAGCUUCCAAAAUUCUUCCUCAUAGAAGAAAAGUGUCGGUUUUUGAGCAAUUUCUCAGCACAAACAGCUGAAGUGGAAAUUCCUGGGGAGUUUCUGAUGCCGAAGCCGACACAUUACUACAUCAAAAUUGCUCGGUUUAUGCCCCGUGUGGAGAUUGUGCAGAAGCACAACACGGCAGCCCGCAGGCUGUACAUUCGCGGGCACAAUGGCAAGAUCUACCCGUACCUGGUCAUGAAUGAUGCCUGCCUCACUGAGUCGAGGCGGGAGGAGCGUGUGCUACAGCUGCUUCGCCUGCUGAACCCCUGCCUGGAGAAAAGAAAGGAGACCACCAAGAGGCACCUGUUCUUCACAGUUCCAAGGGUUGUGGCCGUGUCCCCGCAGAUGCGCCUUGUAGAAGACAACCCCUCUUCACUUUCCCUCGUGGAGAUCUAUAAGCAACGCUGUGCCAAGAAGGGCAUUGAGCAUGACAACCCCAUUUCCCGAUACUACGACAGGCUGGCCACAGUACAGGCACGGGGGACCCAGGCCAGUCACCAGGUCCUCCGAGACAUUCUGAAGGAGGUGCAGAGCAACAUGGUGCCCCGAAGCAUGCUGAAGGAGUGGGCCCUGCACACUUUCCCCAAUGCCACAGACUACUGGACCUUCCGGAAGAUGUUCACCAUCCAGCUGGCACUGAUUGGCUUUGCAGAGUUUGUCUUACAUCUGAAUAGACUCAACCCGGAGAUGUUGCAAAUCGCUCAGGACACAGGCAAGCUGAAUGUUGCUUACUUUCGGUUUGAUAUAAAUGAUGCAACUGGGGACUUGGAUGCCAACCGUCCUGUCCCUUUCCGUCUCACACCCAACAUUUCUGAAUUUCUGACCACCAUUGGUGUCUCUGGCCCACUGACCGCCUCCAUGAUUGCUGUUGCAAGGUGCUUUGCCCAGCCCAACUUUAAGGUAGACGGCAUUCUGAAAACAGUGCUCCGGGAUGAGAUCAUCGCUUGGCACAAAAAGACCCAGGAGGACACUUCCUCUCCCCUCUCGGCUGCUGGGCAGCCCGAGAACAUGGACAGCCAGCAGCUGGUCUCUCUGGUUCAGAAAGCUGUCACGGCCAUUAUGACCCGCCUGCACAACCUGGCCCAGUUUGAUGGCGGGGAGAGCAAGGUGAACACACUGGUGGCAGCUGCCAACAGCCUGGACAACUUGUGCCGCAUGGACCCCGCCUGGCACCCGUGGCUGUGACCACAUCUGCCACCCUACCCAGAAUGUGAAGGGCCUGGAAUUUUGUGGUGGAUUCUUUAUGAUCCUCUUGCCUCUGUGAAUGGGCAAGCUGUAGGAAGCACUUCCUUACGUGUGUCCCUUUUAAGUUCCAGAAACAACCUCAGAGCAGCUCUGUGCUUCUUUAUAGACCUGUAACCAGUGUCCAGGAAACUCAGUGUCUGAGAAACAGCAAAUCAGGAACAAACGGAGUUGUUGCGUUGCGUUUUGUUUUGUUGUGUUUUCUUUCCUCUGAGCACAAAUGUUUAUGCCGUCACCGGCUUUGGGACUCUUCCUAAGUUUUGGACACAGCUGAGCUUGUGUCGCCUUGUGAGGGAAAGGUAUCCCUUGCCACAUUGGAUUCCGACUCAGCUGUGAAGGCCAGCAGGUGACCUUGCACUUUUACUGCUGGCUCUUUGGAUAUCUUCUACACAUUACUGUCAUUGUACCUGGAAAAAAAAAAAAAAGGAAAGAAAUUUUUUUUCCUUCCUAAUUUAAAAAGAAAGCAGUAGUUUUCCCCUUUAGUCUUUCUGUUACGUUGACAUUUUUAUAAGUCUGAGCUUUGAGAAUGUUCUAAAUUUGUACAGUGUGAUUUUUUUUUUUUAGAAUAAAUAUUUUAUAAAA